AUGUUAUUUGAGGAUGUGGACGACGCCCAAGCAUUUUACAAGGCAUAUGCAAGACGAAAAGGUUUUGCAAUUAGAACGAAUCAUACUCGGUUGUCGAAAGAUGAUAAAACUCUUUGUGCAGUAGACUAUGUAUGCACAAGAGAAGGAUUUCGGCGGGCAAGUCGGAAAGAACAAGAUCGAACAAUCCCUGAACCAGUUGAGACGAAAAUUGGAUGUAAAGCAAUAAUGGGAAUAAAAAAGGAUGGUAAAAAAUGGAUAGUCAACAAGUUUGUGGUUGGACAUAACCAUAUUUUACUUACACCGAGAAGUACUAGUUUUCUUCGUGGACACAGGGGAGUUAGUAAAGUCCAGAAAAAGCUUAUUAUGACUUUGAAUGAGUCCGGUGUACCGACAAGAAAGAUUAUGUCGGUCUUGAGUAAAGAAUCUGGUGGUGACUUUAAUGUUGGCUGUAUUGGCAAGGAUGUUGAAAAUUACGUGGGAAACAAAAGGAGAAAAGUUUUUGAAGAGGGAGAUGCACAAAGGUUAUAUUCCUAUUUUGUUGAUCGACAACUGAAAGAACCUGGGUUUGUUUUCUCCAUGCAAGUUGACAAAAAUGGGUGUAUGGGAAGUUGUUUUUGGGCUGAUGCGCGAUCAAGGGCUGCAUACCAGUAUUUUGGGGAUGUUGUUACAUUUGAUGCCACGUACUUGACUAAUAUUUAUAAGAUGCCAUUUGUGCCAUUUUCUGGAGUUAAUCACCAUCAUCAAACCAUUAUGUUUGGUUGUGCUCUGUUAGUUAGUGAAACAGCCGAAUCAUAUACAUGGUUAUUACGAACAUGGCAAGAGGCAAUGCUUGGUCAUGCUCCUUCAACAAUAAUUACGGAUGAUGACAAGGCGAUGGCAAAGGCAAUUGGAGAGGUACUCCCGAAUACAAUUCAUAGACUGUGUUUGUGGCAUAUUUUACAAAAGUUUCCCGAACACUUGGCUCAUGCAUAUAACAAAUAUCCGGACUUUCAAAAAGAUUUCCGUCAUUGCAUCCAUGAGACAAUUACAACUGAUGAGUUUGAGCAGGAAUGGGCUUUGAUACUAGUGAAGUAUGAGUUAGGAGAAAAUACUUGGCUGCAAAAUCUUUAUGCCCGACGGGAUAAGUGGGUUCCGGCUUACUUACGUUCAACAUUCUGUGCUGGUAUGUCAACAACUCAAAGGAGUGAAAGUAUGAAUAAAUUUUUCAAAGACUAUGUCAAAUCAAGCACUAUGGUUAGUGACUUUGUGCAUCAAUAUGAAAAAGCUAUAGAUGCACGUUAUUUCAAAGAGAAAGAGAAGGAUGUGCGGACAAAAUCUACACGGGCGAUAAUGAAGACACCUCUUAAAAUUGAAGAGGCGGCGGCAAUGGUUUAUACAAGAAAGUCCUUCAUGAUCUUCCAAAAUGAACUUUUCGAUAGUCUACGAUACCAAGCAAAAAAAUUAUCAAAAGAAGGUGAGACCAAGACAUAUGGAGUCAAUGCUUACGGUAAAGAAACACCUCUUUACCAUGUGACACUUGAGGGUGAUGAAGAACAUGCAACAUGUACUUGCCAUAAGUGGGAGUUUAUGGGAAUUCUUUGUAGGCAUAUCUUGUGUGUUUUUGGGAAGAAAAUGAAGUUAGAUAGAUUGCCACAACAUUAUGUGCUAGAAAGAUGGACUAUUAAUGCUAAGAGCCGACCCAUUCCUGACAUACCAUCUCCUGAAGGGCAUAUUCGGGAAGGACUAGAUGAGCCUACGAUGAGAAAAACCAAAACUAUGUUACAACUUUACGACAUUGUCGAACUAGGCUCACAGUCAGAUGCGAAACAUAAUCACCUCACAGUUGCAUUGGAGAAGGUUCACAAAGAGAUCCUCCAAGGGUGCCCACAAAAGGACGUCCAAAAUCUUUGA